AUGUCGCACAUCCCAGAUAAAAGAAAACCCUCCUCCUCAAUAUCAGGAAGCACAACCUACAAACGAUCGCGAGUCUCCUACGCAGAUGACGACUACGAAGACAACGCCCAAGCCUCGCAGCAAUCCGCCAUGACCCACGAACGCCCGCGAAACAACCCUCUCUACGGACAAAAGAGCGCGUUUCCGGGACUUGAUGCUGGGCUAGAAGGGGAGCUGUUUUAUGGACCUGCGGAGGAUGGGUUGGAGUAUUUGAGGAUGGUCCGGUCCGAAGCAAAUUCGCUGCCGUUGCUGUUUACCGCACCGAAGACUCAGACAACAGAAACAGAGACGAUAGAAGUUGAGCAAGUCAAAACCGAAGAAACCGUCCACGGCAUUCGCGAAGCAUCUGCACAUCCAAAAGACCAAGCAGGAACUUACGUCGACGGCGUCUUCGUGGCACGCGCCACACCCGCAGUACCCUCAACCUCCCCAGACACGACCUCAGCAUACCCCGAAGCCCAACAAUCCUACUACACCCUCCUCCGCCACCGCUUCCUCCUCCUCCGCUCGAUCCUAAAAUGCACACCCCCACCAACCUCCAUCCCCCUCCUCGACAACUCCCACCCGAUCUCCCUCCCACGCCACUCCAAAAUCGCGCGCAAAGAAUGGCGCCGCUUACUCUUCUCCGUCGAUCCACAGACUGUCCAGCUAGCAUGCAUGGACAUGGAAAGUGUUCUCGGUGUGUUGGGGAUCAUGGCGAGGCUUAUGUCGGAGAAUGUGAGGAGUGGGGAUGUUGUGAGAGUACGGAGGAUCGGGGCGUGGGCUUGGGGGUUGCUGGGGAAGUGUAGGGAGGUCGGGCAGUUGGGGACGGAGGAGGUUGGAGAGAUUAGGGAUUUGGGGAAGAGGGCUGUGAAGAUCUUGGGAAAGAUGAGGGAGGAUGAGCGCGCGGUAGAGGAGGAUGAAGAGUCGGUUGAUGGAGAUCAGGAUGAGGAGGAUGGGGAACAGGCUGAGGGGCAGGAAGCAGGAACAGGCGGCGUUGGUGAACAGGCUGCGUCUGCUGAAAGCGCAGCACAGGAUCACGAUAUCAAAGACGUCGAAGCGGAGAAUACAACCGACGAACUAGAAGCAGCCAAGGCGCGACUCCAGGCGAAAAUCCAGGGGCAUGUGGAUGAGAACGGUCAGGUACAGGCGCAUUCUGACAGAGAAGAGAACCUUGGCGAUGUGGCCAUGCAGACUCGAGCUAUGCUGGAUAUGAUCAUCACGGUGGUAGGCGAGUAUUACGGACAGAGAGAUCUGUUGGAGGCCAGGGAGAUAUGGCAGAUCAAUUAG